AUGAAUUCUCAGGGCCAAAACGAUGUUUCGCCCGAGGCCAUGCAGGCGCGCAUCCAACAGGCCCGUCGCGAAGCUGAGAACCUCAAAGAUCGCAUCAAGAGAAAGAAGGAUGAAUUGGCCGAUACCACCCUCCGGGCUGUUGCCCAGCAGGCUCACGAGCCCAUCCCCAAGAACCAGCUCAUGAAGGCCAAGCGCACCCUCAAGGGCCAUCUCGCCAAGAUUUACGCCAUGCACUGGUCGACUGACCGCCGACACCUUGUUUCAGCUUCGCAAGACGGCAAGCUCAUCAUCUGGGAUGCCUACACCACUAACAAGGUCCACGCCAUCCCCCUCCGCUCUUCUUGGGUGAUGACCUGCGCGUACGCCCCCUCGGGUAACUUUGUCGCCUGCGGUGGUCUUGACAAUAUUUGUUCCAUAUACAACCUCAACCAGCAGCGCGACGGCCCCACGCGUGUCGCCCGGGAGCUCUCCGGCCACGCUGGCUACCUCUCUUGCUGCCGUUUCAUCAACGACCGCAGCAUCCUCACCUCAUCUGGCGACAUGACCUGCAUCAAGUGGGACAUCGAAACUGGCCAGCGCAUCACAGAGUUUGCUGAUCACCUCGGCGACGUCAUGAGCAUCAGCCUCAACCCGACCAACCAAAACACCUUCAUCUCCGGCGCCUGCGACGCUUUUGCCAAGCUCUGGGAUAUUCGCGCUGGCAAGGCCGUCCAGACCUUUGCUGGCCACGAGUCCGACAUCAACGCCAUUCAGUUCUUCCCUGAUGGCCACUCCUUUGUCACCGGCUCCGACGACGCUACCUGCCGUCUCUUUGACAUCCGCGCCGACCGCGAGCUCAACGUCUAUGGCUCCGAAUCCAUUCUUUGCGGUAUUACGUCAGUCGCCACCUCUGUUUCUGGCCGUUUAUUGUUUGCUGGUUACGAUGACUAUGAGUGCAAGGUUUGGGAUGUUACGCGAGGCGAAAAGGUUGGCUCUUUGGUUGGCCAUGAGAACCGCGUCAGCUGUCUGGGCGUCAGCAACGACGGUGUCAGCCUGUGCACAGGUUCAUGGGAUUCUAUGCUCAAGAUUUGGGCGUACUAA